GCAGCUGCUGAGGGACCAGAGGGACUGAUCCGCCGGGCGGGGAGGAAGGACGCAGCACCGACGUGCAUGGGAGCGGAAAAGGAUCGGGCCGUCGUUUGAGAAGGCUGAGAUGCUAUCCGAGAACAAGAAAGUAGCGGGCUGGCCGCAGGCGACUCGGCGUACGCUGCUGGAUGCAGGCGUAACAAAGCUGAAGGCUCAUGGCAUUGUGGGCCGCCAAGGACAAGCACUAAGCCGUUUACAGUCUGAGGCUGUGGGUGGAACUCAUUAUAAAAAAAAUCUGCCGGUCACAUUUUCCGGUUUGCAAGUUUUGCAUCAGUCUUCCCAGUUUGUGCCCAUUGCUAAGGGUGAAAAAAUGGAGUAAAACAGACCACAGAGGGUCACAAGGAACCGCCCUGUAGACGCUUAGCAUUUAAGAUUGUCUAGUGCUCAUAAAUGCGUGCAGGUCUUGUCUCUGUUUUUCAUUAAUCAUUCAGUUUGUUACACCUGGUAAUCCUCCAAUAUAAGUGUUUGUGGGUCACCAGAUUUAUGAAGGAGGCACUGGAAUAUUGGCACGGAGAUAAAAGAGUGCACAUUGACUCAGCAAGAAGAUUGAAGCAUCAAAUGCUAAGAGGGAGGAGAAGCAGCUUGAGGCGUCAUUAGAUGCACUGCUGAAUCAAGUGGCUGAUCUGAAGAAUUCACUGGGAAGUUUCAUUUACAAGUUGGAAAACGAGUAUGACCGGCUGACUUGGCCCUCUGUCCUAGACAGCUUUGCAUUGCUCUCUGGACAGUUGAACACACUGAACAAGGUGUUGAAGCAUGAGAAGACACUACUGUUCCGUAACCAGGUCAUCAUCCCUUUGGUGUUGUCCCCAGACCGAGAUGAAGACCUCAUGCGGCAGACUGAAGGACGAGUGCCUGUUUUCAGCCAUGAGGUCGUCCCUGACCAUCUGAGAACCAAGCCUGACCCUGAAGUUGAAGAGCAGGAGAAGCAGCUGACAACAGAUGCUGCCCGCAUUGGUGCUGAUGCAGCUCAGAAGCAGAUCCAGAGCUUGAAUAAAAUGUGCUCAAACCUCUUGGAGAAAAUCAACAAAGAAGAACGAGAAUCAGAGAGUGGAGGUCUCCGGCCAAACAAGCAGACCUUCAACCCUGCAGACACUAAUGCCUUAGUGGCCGCUGUUGCCUUUGGGAAGGGGCUGUCUAAUUGGAGACCUUCAGGUAGCAGUGGUCCUGGCCAACCUGGCCAACCAGGGGCUGGUACGAUCCUUGCAGGAGCCUCAGGACUACAGCAAGUUCAGAUGGCAGGUGCUCCAAGCCAGCAGCAGCCAAUGCUCAGUGGGGUACAGAUGGCUCAAGCAGGUCAGCCAGGGAAAAUGCCAAGUGGAAUAAAAACCAACAUCAAGUCAGCUUCAAUGCAUCCAUACCAGCGACCAGCUAAGAACUCAGUUUUACAGUCUUCAUGUAUCCUGUCCCUAAUGGGGGCCCUUCAGCACUCCUUCUCUCCAUGCAGUUGUGCUAAGUCCCAGCCUCACUUGAGUCAGCUCUUGGUAGGUGGGACUCAGAUCUUCAUGAGUGGCUGGUAUAAUUCAUUGUGUAGAUGUAAGGAGCCAGAGCUCCUUGUACCUUGCUUGCCCCCUACUGUCACACUGACCACUGUUCCUUCUGACCUUGAUUCGUGUCAGUCCCUAUCAUUCUCAGCACUUUGCUAUAAGUGCUCUCAGCUGUAACCAUAAGGACGGGGGCGGGGGGGCAGGCAGGGGCUUGUUUCUCAGCUCUGCCACCCAGAAUAUCUGUCCUUCUUACUGCUGCCACUCCUUGUUCACCCAAUGAACAGUUCUUCCAGUUCAAAUGUCACUUGCUUCCUGGAAAGUUUCUACCCCCUCUUCCCUAUACACUUGGCCAUUCUUAAACCACCUCUCCUGUACUCUCUAUACCUUUCCAUUCCAGCAUUCAUAAUUCUGCAACUUAUUUUUGUAUGAGUUCAAAUCCUAGCCUGGACUUACCCAUUGUGUGAUUUUAGACUAGUUGCUUCACUUUCUGGAACCUAAGUUGCUCUCUGUGUAAAAUGUAAUUUAUCUCAAAGGCUACCUUAACCAAGUGUAUUUAAGUUUAACCUGCAACUAAGUGACUAUUAAUUUUCUAUAAUAUAAAGUCUAAGCUUAGAAGAAAAGUCUUUCAGGAAAAUAGCACUCAAAUGCUACUAUUCGCCUUUUAUUCUUUCCUAAAAAGUCCUUUUUACCCAAUUAAAGACUAUUUUGAUUGCAACACAUUAUAAUUAAGUAGCUUAACUAAAGAAAAAAGCUGGGGAUAUAGCUCAGUGAGUUAAGUGGGCAAAGUGCUAGCUGUGCAAACAUCCCUGUAAAAAGCAUGGCACAGGUCUGCACCUUCUAGGCAGUGGCGUGUCCAUAUCUCUUGCUCUGGGUGUCUUCGUCUUUCAAAAGGACUUGAGACUAAUUGCUGAUAAUCAAGCUUUUUUUAUG